AUGAAAGUAUUUCCUCAAAUUAUUGUAAAAAUUUGUCCGUUUAUUGCAUUGCUGUAUAGUAUAGUUGUUAUUAUUCUAACAACAUAUAUUAAUGAAAAGCUUACACCAGUAUUCAUAUUUUUUUGUAUUCAAGUAUAUUUAAAUUGGUAUUCAAUAUAUGCUAUAAGUUAUAAUGCAACAAUUAUGGAAGUUAAAAUAGUAGGAAAGAAAUUAUUAGUAUAUAAUAACACAGAAAACAAUGCUGAAUAUAAAUAUUGGUAUUGUGAAAAAUGUAUAAAUUAUACAUAUAAACCAACACAGCACUGCAUUUUUUGCAAAAAAUGUUUCCAUUUUCGUGAUCACCACUGUUUUUUUUUAGGUGCUUGUAUAUUGAGACAAAAUAUUGGAAAUUUCAUUUUAUUUUGUUUUUAUACAUCAUUAACAUGUAUAUACUCAUUAUGUACUCUUGGACCUUACUUGUAUGAGAAUAUUAAUCGUGUAAUAAGAACAGAUACAGAUUCCUUCAACAUAUUUUUGAAUUUCUGUUUUCCUAUUGCUCUCGUUAGAUUACUACAUUCAAAAGAAAAUACUUACAUACUGCUUGUAACAAUGUUUGAUAUAUUACUUUCUAUUUUAUGUAUUUCUUUAGUGUAUACAACAUGGAAAUUGCAUAGUUGUAUGACAGGUAAACAACGAUACGCAAAUAUAACAGGAAAACAAACACUGAAAGAAAUUUUUGGAAGCUAUGGCCUUUCAAAUAUUAUUUUCCCCUAUAAUGGUCUUAUAGGAACUAGAGAUCUUAAUGGCAAAUAUGAAUUAAAACAAAUAUAAUAAAUAAUGGAAA